AUGAGUUCUGGCAUAGUCAUUUCUCAAGUAGCAGUUAGUCAUGAAAAGCCGGUGGAUCGUGAGAAGACAUGCCCACUUCUUCUUCGAGUUUUCUGUGCUAACGGUCGGCAUAACGCGAUGAUGGAAUAUUCUAAUCGAAAUGGCGGAUCGGUUCCAGCGAACGAACUUCAAAUGUAUACAUGGUUUUUUUGAACUGCAAAACUUAGUUUUGUAUCAAAAUUUCCGAACAGGCUGGACUGUACUCUUCGUGAAUUAACCAGCCUCAUAAAAGAAGUUAAUCCUGAUGCUCGUCGUCGCGGUACUACAUUUGAUUUUGCGAUCGGUAAAAUUCAAUUAUAAUUUAGCAGUUUAAAAAAUAUUUCCAGUCUCUCCUGACAAAAUGUCAUCACGCUUUUCAACGAGAGAAAUAGGAAACACGAUGAACGGACAGAGGGGCAUUGACGACUCUAAAACAGUUUGGCUUUUUUUAAAACUAGAAACGGGAUAAAUGUCGAAUUUAGCUUCAACAAUGCAAGUUCGAAGUCGGUGAUUUUGUUGAUGUUGCGAUAACGAUGCCUGGAGGUCAGCGAAGAUUUGGAGGAUACGGAAGAGAUCGUGAAUUUGGUGGACCACGCGGAGACUUCGAGAGACGUCGAAGCCCUGUUCGCUCCGGGGACAGAGAACGUUUCUAA